AUGAAUCUGCAGCAACUAAACAACCAAGUAGAGAGCAUAGUCAACGACUUCCUCAGACCUAUACAAGCAGAUGCCAACAGCAGCAGCAGCAACAGUAGCAGCAGCAGCAGCAGGGGCAGCCGAAGAGGCAGCGCAGCCCUGCGAGCUGCAAGUACUGAAGAUAAAGACGACUCUUACUUCCAGGGUGAGCAGGACCCUGAAGUGCGACAGGAGUACAUACAGCAACAAAGAGACCGCAUGCAGCAGCAGCAGCUGCUGCAAGAGCACCUCCGGAGUAAGGCGAUGCGGCAGCACCUGCAGGAACACCGCCAACAGCAGCAGCAACAGCAGCAGCAACAGCAGCAAGGCGGAGAGCUACAAGGAGCUGCUACUACAGAUCGUGGGGAGGACCCAAUAGACUAUCGCAGGAGAGCUCUUGAAGGGUUUAACGCCCGUAGGCUGCCCGCAGAAACCUCUUAG